AUGUUAUUGACUUUCGGUCUUUCAUCAACUUCAUCAUUGCCGACCUGUUUUAUUUCGGCACCGUUUGUCGGCGAAUGGAUACAGCCGGGUCUUGUCGAUUUGAUAACAAUCAAUAAUACAUCGUGUUCAUUAAAAGGAACGUGUAUUAGUACUGUUGGACAACAAGAUGUCAAAAAUAAAUUCAUCUUCUAUAAUGAACAAACAAGAUGUAAACGUUGUGUUUUAUUUAUUCCCAGACAUUUAAAUGCAUUACAAUAUCGAGAAAGCGAAUGCUUCGAUGCAGACGAUGACAAUGGACGUAUUUGUGGAUCAAUCACGCCUGAUACAGUUUUAUAUACACUCUUCCGGGAUAAUGCUGAAUCAACUCCAUGUCCAUUUGAACAAUCAUGGUAUUUCGAAAAAAAUCAUCAAUUAUCAACAUCAUGUCAAUUAAAAUCAUUUCAACAUUGUUUUUCAUCAAAUACAUUCCAAUUAACAUAUAAUAAUCGAUGUCCAACUAAUCAAAAUGUUCAAGCAACAUGUUUUGCACAUUUUACUGAUGGAAUUAUAAAUUAUGUUGUUGCUCGAAGUAUUGAUCGACAACGAUUUGUUUGUUUUUCUUAUACAAAAACAAAACGUGAUGAACAAUCUAUACCGCCAAAUGAAGUUUAUCUAUCUGCAGAUGAUACAUGUAGAGAUUUACUUACACGUGAAUCAGCUAUUGUAUUAAAUGUCCUUCCAAGUACAUCUCAUCAUCAAUUUGAAUCGAAAACUCAAUUACCAGAAUGGACUCAUGGUAAAUGGUUAACAAUUGGAACAAAUAUAGUUUAUAUUAAUAAUACUCAAUUUAUUAUGAAAACACAUGAUGAACAAAAUAUUCUAUAUGAUCUAAGAUUUACUCGAAUUUUGACUAGUCGUCGACAACAUGAAAAUGCCAUUCGUAUUAAAGCAAAAUCUUUAGAACAAUGUUCAUCUAUAUUUUAUUGUAUUAAAAUAAUUUAUCGAUCAUCAUCAGUUAUUGAUCUUACAAUUGGUAAAUUUUAUUUUUAUAAAGAAAAAGAUAUCGAAAUAUUUUGUUUAGGUUUUGAUGAACAUGGAUGUAAAGAAGGUCAUUUACAUCAUACACUUUUCAAACCUUCAAUAUCUUCGAAUAUUUCUUGUCCACAAAUGGGCACUUAUAAAUCAUCAAAUACUUAUCGACCAUCAAUUCCUAUUUCAACAUGCUCAACUGGUCUUUGGACAUUAUCUCUUGGAUGUGAAUUAACAAAUAAAAGUGAAUUAACAUUUUCUUCUUCAUGUCGUCAUGAAACUGUGCCUGAUGUUCAAAUAUUAACAUCAAUUAAAGGUAUAUGCUUAGCAUCAUGGCGUACAGAUCAUCGAUUUCAACGUACAAUUAUUCUCUAUGAACAAACAAGAGCUUUUUGUUUGAUUCAACCAUUGAAACAAAUGACAGCAAGUUGGAUAGUAUCGGAAUCAAGUUGUACAAAUCUUGAUACAUUAUCAAUAAAUGUUGAAAAUAGUUUAAGAUAUUCUGAUAAUUGUGAACAUUAUAAAAAGACCUAUCAAUAUCUAACUACAAACCAUAGUUCUAUUCAAAGAAUAUCUUAUUUAUUGUUUUGUUUUUUAACUGUUCUUUUACUAUGCAAGUAUUAA